GACUGUCUUAACACAAAAAUCCCUUUUGUGAAAAGUAAUGGAGAUUGCUUACUACUUAGUCUCAUUUUUAUUUGCAUUUACUUUAGUAGUAAUAUAUGCAUGGAGGUUGUUGAAUUGGGCAUGGUUUAGGCCAAAGAAACUGGAAAGAUGCCUCAGAAAACAAGGUCUCAAAGGAAACUCUUACAAACUAAUUUCUGGAGACCUCAAAGAGUCGUCCAAAAGCAUUGAAGAUGCUAAGUCCAAGCCAUUGAAUGUGUCUGAUGAUGACAUAUCACCCAGAAUUCUCCCUUAUAUCGUUGAAACAAUCAAGAAACACGGUAAAAACUGUUUUAUGUGGGUUGGGCCUAAGCCUAUGAUACUUGUAAAGGACCCUGAGGUAAUAAAGGACGUGUUUAUCAAACAUGCUCCCUAUCAUAAGCCAAAUUCAACUCCCCUGACCAAGUUGUUGGUACAAGGAGUUGCAACUUACGAAGACGAUAAAUGGGCAAAGCACAGAAAAAUCCUCAAUCCGGCUUUCCAUAUGGAGAAGAUAAAGCAUAUGCUUCCAGCAUUUCAUAUGAGCUUCAGUGAGAUGGUGAACCAAUGGGAGGAGGCUGUCUCAGUGAAGGGAACAUCUUGCGAACUCGAUAUAUGGCCUUACCUUCAAAGAUUUAGUAGUGAUGCGAUUUCGCGCACAGCCUUUGGAAGCAAUUAUGAAGAAGGGCGAAAGAUAUUUGAGCUUCAAAAGGAACAAGCUGAGCAUGUCAUUGAAGUGUCUCGUACGUUAUAUAUUCCAGGAUGGAGGUUUAUGCCAACUAAGAGAAAUAGAAGGAUGAAGGAGAUUGAGAAAGAAGUUCAAGCAACAAUUAGGGGAAUCAUUGAUAAAAGAGUGAAGGCAAUGAAAGCAGGGGAGGUCAAUACCGGUGACUUAUUAGGCAUAUUGUUGGAAUCCAACUUUAAAGAAAUUGAACAACAUGGUAACAAGAAUUUUGGUAUGACUAGACGAGAGGUCAUCGAGGAAUGUAAAUUGUUCUAUUUUGGGGGGCAAGAGACCACCUCUGUUUUGCUUGUAUGGACUAUGGUUUUGUUAAGCAGGCAUCCAGACUGGCAAGCUCGUGCUAGAGAAGAGGUUUUACAAAUCUUUGGUGAUAACAUGCCAGAAUUUGAUGGACUAAAUCGCUUGAAAAUUGUGACAAUGAUUUUAAACGAGUCGUUAAGGCUAUAUCCACCAGUUGGAGCGCUUGAUCGACGUAUUGCAACCAAUACCAAGCUAGGGGAACUAAGUUUACCAGCUGGAGUGAUGCUCUCAAUUCCAAUAAUUUUAGUGCAUCAUGACAAGGAAAUAUGGGGUGAAGAUGCAAAAGAGUUCAAGCUGGAGAGAUUCAGUGAAGGCGUUUCAAAGGCAACAAAGGGCCGAAUGACAUUUUUCCCAUUUGGUGCAGGACCUCGGAUAUGCAUUGGACUAAACUUUGCAAUGAUAGAAGUGAAGAUGGCUUUGGCUAUGAUUCUACAACGCUUCUCCUUUGAGUUAUCUCCUUCUUACACACAUGCGCCGCAGUCUAGAAUAACUAUGCAACCCCAAUGUGGUGCUCCUCUUAUAUUGCACCGGUUGUAAGUGUAGAGACUUGCAUGAACUUCCUUAUUCGAUGAAUAACUAUGGUAAAGCCAACAUAAGUUGAAACAUUUUGCAGCUCUGGCCUCUGCUUUCUUGCAAUCAAAGGCUAGAUUAUUCAAUUACGUGAUUGUUUAUGUGGAAAGUCCCUUUACCGAUACCAAGGGGAACCAUGAAUUAGAAAAAUAGGUACUGCUCUCCGCCGGUCGUAACAAUGUUCGAUGUUAAGAAAUUUCUUAACUAGGCUUUGUUUGAUCUUUUUUUUUUUUUUCAAUGACUCAAUGUUGGAGAAUUUUACAGAAAUAAUGGAUGUUCUCUAAUGGCCUAGAGCUAGCUCUAUCUAUAUCU